AUGCGCACCUCCCUUGUCUCUGCUGGCAUUGGGACGGUUCGAAAAGAGGGUGGCCUGAAUAGCAGCGUGUCAGCAUGUGUCGCAGCGUGUUUUCGUGGCACCAUUCCUUUUUGCCCUCCAUACAUCCUUCUGUUUCAUUGCUUUGAAUUCGCGCUAGCUCUAGUCACCUCGGAAGGAGUCGCAGCAGGACUUCCCCCUCGUCCCUCCGCCCUUCUCCCCCCUCUUCCCCCUCUCCCCCCCCUUCUCCCCCCUCUCCCCCCUCUUCCCCCACGUCCCUUCUCUUCCCCCGCUUCCCCCUCUUCCCCGCCCCCCCCCCUCCCCGCCCUCCUCCUCUCCCCUCAGGGCGUCAUAGGCCCAUGGUUAUGCGCAUGCCGUUUCUCCUGCCAGUGCCGUGUGUCUCACCGCACCUCACCUGUCCUCUCGGUCGAACGGAGCAGCCCCUGCGCACGGCAUGUGCCGUGUGCUGCAUCCCACAUGGAGGCGUCGCUGUGUGCUGCUGCUGCCGCUGCUGGCAGUGCUGUGUGCGUGCGGGGGCGUAUCCGCCCAAUGGAUACAGGAAUCCCAGA